ACCACACAACCAACACUGUAUUUACCAGUCAGUCGUCAGAUUAGGCCACCAGGGUGGAGGGCGCAUGUUGGAGCACACUGGGAUCAUUUGGAGCCUUUAAAUGGCUUUCUUUUGAAAGCGUUUGACUACAGCCAUUUGAUUUUUGGUGCCAAUAUUUUGGACUUUCACUCCUAAUCUAGAACCAUUUUCUUCCGUGGAUGUUGAGGCAGGUUGGGGACCCUCAGAAGCGAGGCAGCGAGGUCGUAACAAUGUGGAUCCCAACACCCAGCAUGACCGUGGCACAGCGGACGGUGCUGUACGGGACGUGCGUGGUGGCGCUGGUGAACUCCGUGGGCCUCCUUGUGCUCAUGGUCCAGCAGAAUCAGCAGCGCGCGUGGCUGGAGCAGACAGAAGCGAGGCUGACAGAGGUGGAGCAGAGCUCCGUGGUGGAGUUCCUCCAGGAGGUGCCCAGAGGAGCAGCGGGGCUGCGAGCGGGCCCGGGGGACCCCUCACAGCAUCAGCUGUACUCCAGGAACAAGAGGAGCGAGGAGCUGGACAAGGGUCUGCAGCGUGAGCGUAGCCGGGAAGACGGAAAGGGGCUCCAACUGAACGAGGCCAGCCAGGAGGUCGGAGACGAGAAAGACGGGCUGAAGCAUGACCUGAAGCAUAAGCACCGGCACAGUCAGCAUUACAAAACCCAGGAUGACAUGAUGAUGAUGAUGACUUACUCCAUGGUACCGAUCAAACUGCUGGUUGACAUUUGCAACAGCACCAAGGGAGUCUGCCUGGCUGGACCGCCAGGACCACCAGGUUUGCCCGGUGCAGAUGGGUUGCCAGGCCACAAUGGGACUGAUGGCGUUCCAGGACUGAAUGGACUGCCUGGAGCUGAUGGGAAAAGGGGCAAAAAGGGACCUCCGGGUGAGAAAGGAGAACCUGGGGAAAAAGGAGAGCGAGGAGAGCCUGGUCCACCUGGAGAGGCAUAUGAAGCGUCCAAUGACGUCAUUAUUGAGGGCCCACCUGGCCCUCCUGGCCCUCCAGGACCCCCUGGACCUGUGGGACCUCAAGGACCUCCUGGGCCUCCCAGGACGAGGCACCACAGAGCAAACCUGCAAACUGCUCAUACUCUGGGGCUGUUGCACGCAGUCCCAAACGAUGAAACGUUGACGGUAAAGGAGGCUGUGAAGCUACACGAGAACCCGGCUAAGAAGAACGAGUGCCUCAUCAAGUCUCUGAUAAAUCCCAGAAACGUGGCAAAGAUGGAGAGCACAUUUGGCACCUGGAUGAAAGACACCGCUCACCUGGACGACGAGAGAAUAUGGGUGGCGGAGCACUUCUUGGGUCGGAAGCUGAAGGAGUACCAAAGCAUCGCCGCUUUCCAGAAUAACACCAGCGAGACGGUGGAUGUUAAAAAGCUUUACCAAGGCUGCGGCCACAUCGUCCACAACGGCUCUUUCUACUAUCACAUUGCUGGUACCUCCGCUAUCGCCAGAUUUGACUUGGGAACCAGGAGGCUUCACAGCCUUUCCAUCGACAACGCCUUGUACAACAACCUGACAUAUCUGCUGACAAACUCCAAGACCUACUUCAAACUGGCGGCAGACGAGAACGGCUUGUGGUUGAUAUUUGCCUCCAGAGUGGAUGAGAGCAUCAUGGUGGCCCAGAUGGACCAGAAGACCUUCUCCGUCACGUCCUACAUAAACACCACGUACCCCCGCACCAAGGCCGGCAACGCUUUCAUCGCCUGUGGCGUCUUGUAUGUCACCGACACCAAGGACGCUAGAGUCACCUUUGCUUUCGACUUGCUGAAGGGAAAGGCAGUCAAUAUGACGUUUGACUUAAGGUCUCCCGGGGACGUUUUGGCUAUGCUCUCCUACAGCCCGAAGGACAGGCACCUGUACGUGUGGGACCAGAGCUAUGUCAGGCUCUACGUGGUCCAUUACAUCUCUGAUGAGUGAUAACCACGCAGACACAACUAUUACAUCAUGCUCUCGUAGCAAAUCCCAGGUUGACAAGCCAGGCGCUACAUUUAGAAAAAAAAAAAAAAAAAAAGUUUACAGCACGUACAUACGCUAGUCUUUGUUGUCUUGUGGAACGUUCGGUCUAAAUGGGACUGAGCAGAUUUUAAAUGUGAGUUUUUCUACAGGA